GGCUCAUUUACAUGAUGCAAGUUUCUUGCCUGUUGCAUACAAUAAAAUUGAAGCAAUAAAUUACCUGCAUGGUCUAAACAGUACGUAACAUUUUGAUCUUUUGCGCAAGUUUUGCUUGCCAAAAUUUUCUUGGUGUAAACAGCACAUACAAAAAUUUCUUAGGCGAUUCUUGCAUUCAAUUAGUUUUCUCUUUAUUUGCCAACAUGAGUGCAGUAAGUGAAGGUGUGUUAAUCGUUGCUGCUCUUCUGAGACAAGAAAUAUUGAGAAAUCGUCGUAAAAAGAGGUGUUGGAUCAAAAAAUGGAUAGCAAGAAGAGGAGCGUCUAACAAUCUUUGUGUAGAAUUACAAAUAGAAAAUGAAGAUGACUUUAAGAACAUGUUUCGUGUCAACAGAACCCAAAUAUUUAUUAGAUAAAAUUGGUUCUUCUAUACAAAGGCAAAAUACAACAAUGCGUAAUGCUAUUCCUGCUCGAACAAAACUAGAAAUAGCAUUAAAAUAUUUGGCAACUGGAGAUUCGUUUGGUACACUGUCACAAUUAUUUAGAGUACCUAGGUGUACUAUAAGUACAUUCUUGGUCGAAGUUCUUGAAGCUAUUUACUCUGUAUUAGAAGAUUUUAUAAAGGUGAUUUCGAAAUAAAACAGUUUUUAUAAUAGAAUCAUAUAUUUUCAGCAAAGUAAUUAGAAAUUGUUAAUUACUAUUUAUGCUCAGAACGAAAAAUAAGCAAUAUUUAUUUAUUAUCAAAAUAUAAACUACGGAAUCAGAUAUUUAAUUAAAAUAGAAAAAAAAUUACAUGUUCAACCAUGUGUCUUCGCUGCCUUGUUUCGAAUACGGGAAUUCUGGCAUUGGAGUAGAGUUUUGUCGUUCUUUUUCUCGAAGAUCUUGCAGUUUAUAUUUUGAUAAUAUUGCUUGUAUUUCGUCCUGAGCAUGUAUGCUAUUUUCGGUAUUCAAAAUUCGCAAUGAAGACGCAACAUAUUUUCCGAAAUUGUCCAAAUCAUCGUCUUUUUUUUCAAGUCUUGCUCUUUUUUCAAUAUUGUCCAGUUUAUCUAAGGCCGAUUCUAUGUAACCUGCUUUUUUUAGUUGUUUUUUUAGGCAUUGGAAACGGAAGCACAUCAUCGACGACUUGUAUAUUUGAAUUUAUAACAUUUUCAAUAUUUUCCGUAUUUUCAUUUUCAAAAUAUUCAAAAACUAUUUCUUGUGAUGCCAGGGACGUAUAAUUCUAAAAACAUACAUUUAUUUCAUUAUUUUACAGGUGCCAAGAUCUGAAGAGGAAUGGAAUCAAAUAAGGGGCUUUUUUAUAAGAUGGAAUUUUCCCAACUGCUUUGGUGCCAUUGAUUUCCAUCAAUGGCACCAAAGCAGUUGGGAAAAUAAUAUAUAAACGUAAAAUGUCCCCCUGGCACAGAAUCAGACUUUUUUAAUUAUAAAAUUACAUUUAGUAUUGUGUUACUAGCUUGUGUUGAUCACGACUAUUGUUUCACAUACAUUGACGUGGGAGCAAAAGGUAGAAACUCUGAUGGUGGAAUAUUUAAUAAUUGUACUUUAAAGAAGGCUAUUGAAGAGAAUACCAUAAAUUUGCCAAGUGAUGCAGUACUUGUCGGAGAUGAAGCGUUUCCUUUAAAACCUUAUUUGAUGAAACCAUAUCCUCGCCGUAACGAUUUAAGUAGAGAACAAAAAAUCUAUAACUACAGAUUGUGUAGAUGUAGGAGAAUCGUUGAAAAUGCUUUCGGAGUUUUAACAUCCCGAUUUCGAAUUUUCGAAAAGCCAAUCACUACAAGUAUAGACAAGGUAGAUGUCAUAGUGAAAACAUCAUGUGCUUUACACAACUGGCUUAGGAAAACUUCACCUGCGUCUUACACCCCACCAGGUUUUAUAGAUGAAGAAUGUCAAAGAAGUGGUCUUCGUCUUGGUACUUGGAGACAAAAUGCUUCAGGCGGACCUUUUGAAAAUAUAACAUCACAGAACAACAGGAAUAGUACAAGGGAAGCUAUAAGAAUCCGUGAUAAUUAUUGUCAUUACUUUAACAAUGAUGGUGCUGUACCUUGGCAAGACAGUGCCAUUUUUUAAUGAAAAAAAAGUUUCACAUUUAUAAUAUUAUGCACUUGACUGUACUUUAGAAAAUUUACAUAAAUACAUACUUACCAUAUU